AUGGACGCUGUGGGUCGUGUGUGGGACUUGCGCAGUGGGCGCUGUGUGUGGGACAUGUUUGGCCAUGUCAAGAAUGUGCUGGCUGUGGAUGUGGCGCCGGACGGCCAUUACAUAGCAACGGGAUCAGACGAUCACACAGUGAAAAUCUGGGAGAUGCGGCAGAGGAAAUGCAUCUACACACUCCCCGCACACAAUAAUCUGGUUUCGACGGUGAAGUUUGAGCCCAACAACGGACGGUAUCUGGCCUCCAGCUCGUUUGAUAAGACCAUCAAGGUAGGCGUGUGUCUAUGUAUCGAUAUGUAGCAACUACUUAUUUUGGUUUUUGUAUGAUAUACAAGGUCAAGACCAAAUAUUUACCUAAACGUAUGUCAAUUUAGAAAAAUG